AGAGGCGCCGCUAUAAAACUAUAUUGAGACCGUCAGUGAGAUGCGCGCUGGUUCUCAGUGCUCAUGGGUAUUAUUAGCUCUUACAUUAAUAGCUGUUUAAUAAUCAGCUCUUAGUUAUUUUCUAAUUCUUAUCACACAUUUUAUUUAAUUGUGUGGUGUAAAUUAGAGGCGUAAACAUGACGAUAUUCGAGCUGAGCAGUCAGAUGAUCGAGAACACAGUGCAGAAGAUGAGUUUGACAUCAGUAGUUCUCAUCACAUCUGUGUUCACACUGACUGUAGGAUAUCUGAGUAAACUGAUGUUCAAACAGCACACAGAAGACUCGGAGAAAAAAUAUCCUCCCCAAAUCCCGUCCAUUAUUCCGUUCCUGGGUCACGCUGUGGCUUUCGGCAAGAGUCCCAUAGAGUUUCUGGAGUGGGCAUAUGAGAAGUAUGGUCCUGUGGUCAGCUUCACGAUGGUUGGGAAAACCUUCACAUAUCUCCUGGGAAGCGAUGUAGCUGCGCUCAUGUUCAACAGCAAGAAUGAAGAUCUGAAUGCAGAGGAUGUGUACGCACGACUCACCACACCUGUGUUUGGCAAGGGUGUUGCAUACGACGUGCCCAAUCCUUUAUUUCUGGAGCAGAAGAAAAUGUUGAAGACAGGACUGAACAUUGCACAUUUUAAGCAGCAUGUUGAGAUAAUUGAAGAGGAAACCAAAGAUUAUUUCAAACGAUGGGGAGACAGUGGAGAGAGAAAUCUGUUUGAGGCAUUAUCUGAGCUGAUCAUCCUGACAGCGAGCCGCUGUCUGCAUGGUCGUGAGAUCCGUGGCAUGUUGAACGAGCGAGUCGCGCAGCUCUACGCCGAUCUUGACGGAGGAUUUACUCAUGCAGCGUGGCUGCUGCCCGGAUGGCUGCCGCUGCCCAGCUUCAGACGGAGGGAUCGAGCACAUUUGGAAAUCAAGAAAAUAUUUUAUAAAGUGAUCAAGAGACGGAGAGAAGCCGUAGAGAAAGACGACGACAUCCUGCAGACGCUUAUAGAUGCCACAUACAAGUACGCCACUAUAACAUACAACGCACACCAUUUGAACAUCCAGAAUCAAUUCAUUUCAGAACAACUGUUCAUGUGUGGGGACAUGCUGCAUUUAAUUUGGUUUUUUAAAUUGGGUUUGUAAUUAAUGAAAAUUUUUUUUACAAAAUAAGCGCACACUCCAUUCUUGAGUCAGAACUUCGGGUUUAAGUAAGGUUUAGUCUUAAAAUUUGACAGCACAGAUCACCGUCACUUUUAAAGACCAACUUCAACCUAAAAAAAAGGAAUAUUCCAGGUUCAAUACAAAUUAAGCUCAAUCAACAGCAUUUGUGGCAAUAUAUAUAUAUAUAUAUAUAUAUAAAUUAUUUUUUAUUAUUAUUAUAU